GUUUACCCAUCAUUAUCGAAAACACUUGCAUUUUAUUACAAAGUCCUGCCAGUCUGCCAGCCCUCAAAAUCCAACAUAAAACAAGCGUUAAUAGAUUAAUCCACUUGUACUAAAAGAUCAAUCUAGACUUUCAAGGAAGAAAUGAACAUGUAUUAGAAAAUAGCGAAUGAAGCAAUAAUCUAUGCCUAUAAUGCUAUAUGGUUGUUAAUAUAAACAAAUUCAAAAAUGGCGACGAAUAAUGAUGGUAUUGGCACACAGAAAGAAAUUGAUGAUUUUUUAAGCAAGGUUGAUGAAAUAGAAAAUCUGGUGAAAACAAUGAAAUAUGGAAAGGGUCAAGAUGUGUCUACAGCAAUGCAGAAAGCUGAUAAAAUGAUUGAUGAUAUUAGUAAAAAGAAGGCUGCCAAUGAACUAAAAGAUGAAGAUGGUCUUCCUCAAACUAAAACAGGCUUCAAUAAGACUGUUAUUAACAAGACUGAAAAUGUAUCCUCAAAUAUCACUCCAGGAGAAACCCAUGGAAUUGAUCAGCCAGUAAACCAAGAAGCUUUUAUGGCAAUAUUAGAAGCAGAUGCUAAGGAAAGAGCUGAACAGAGGAAAAUCAGAGAAAAAGAAGCCAACGUUUUGAAAGAACAGGGGAAUGAGUACUUUAGACAAGAAAAUUAUCACUUAGCUCUAACUUGCUAUUCAAAGGCUUUGGACCAAAUAAAAGACAUAACAGUGUUAUACACAAACAGAGCUCAGACGUUGAUUAAAAUAGAGAAAUACAGAGAGGCACUAACAGACUGUGAUUGGGCUUUAAGGUUAUCACCAAACUGCAUUAAAGCUCACAUACACAUGGGAAGAGCACACCUAGGACUGAAAGAUUAUAAUAAAGCAAGAGAUUGUUUCCAAGAGGCUCAAAAACUUGAACCAAAAAUGGAAAGUGUAAUCAAAGAAUAUAUGUCAGAAGUAGACAGGGCUGAGGAACAAGAAAAAGAAGAAAAAAAGGUUAAAAAGUUAUUUGAGAGUGGUGACAAGAAUUGCUGUGGUAUUGCUUAUCUACUGGAGAAAGUCUUAAAACCAAAUCAACUACCAAUUUAUUAUGCAGGAGGUUUCAAACUUCUUGGCUCUGCUGUAAAUAAUAAUGAAGAAAGAACACUAUUCAGAACAAAAGGAGGUUUACGUCUGAUAGAAGAACACUCAUAUUUUCAAAAGUGUUUUGCUGCAUCUCCAAGGAGCUUAUCUCAGGAAGAAUUAGACAUGUUAACAGCUGGUAUAGAUAUGUUCAAUAAAGCAUGCAUUGACUGUGAAACAAACCAACAGUUGAUUGUAACAUCCAAUGGAUUUCCAAAUAAAUUUUUAAGAUUUUUAGAAGUAAACAUAAAAAGUAAUGGAAAAGUAAUGAAGACAGCAUGUAUUAAUUUCCUGAAUACAGUUGCAUUGACAGAACUUGGAAGGUCGACUGUUAUCCUCACAUUCAAUAUGACAAGGCUAUUAACAUUAUUAUAUGACCUGGUUAGAACUAAUGCUAGCUUGGCAGUCAUGGCUGGUUACAUCUUAAACAACUUGGCUUUAGAUAAGAGGUUUAAGCAACAGAUCCGAGACAAAAUGGAUGAUAUCUUACCAUCAUUUGAAAAUCUACUGAAAGAUAAUUCAAGUGUUUUACAUGUUCUUCCUUCCUGUAUUUCAACAAUGAUGAACCUAUGCUAUGACCCUAAUAUUCGACUUAAGAUCUUGAACAGGAAUGAGAUGUGGAAAGCUAAUGUAGACUUAUUGGUUAUCCAUAAAGAUAAAUUAAAAGAACCAGUCAGCAUUGAAUUAGUUGAAGCAUGUCUUGGAAUGUUAGCAAAUCUAACCUACGAACCAUCUCAAAAUAUGAAGGAAUUUAGUUUGCCUAUUUGUAAAAAUUGUUUAGAAUUAUGUUCAAAGUUCAAGCAUUAUAAACUGAUAGUUCAAAGAGCAUUUACUAUUCUUGGCCAUAUUCUGCCACAUUCCAUUCCAACAGUAGAUUGGUUCUGUGAGAAUGCAGGGCAUGAACUUUUGCUGUACUGUAUAAAGAAUGAAGAAGAAUUGGAAGAAAAUAAGAAAUCAGCACUAAAGGGUUUAGCAGGAUGUACUCAAAUAAAUGACCAGGCUAGAAUAUUUAUAGUUGAUCAUAAAGGUUUGGGAACUUUGGUUAAAUCCAUUAAGAGUUGUGAUGAAAGUGUAAUUGGCAAUGCAGCUCUUUGUUUAGGUCACUGCACACAAAUUCCAAAAGUGUGUGCAGCUCUUACAAAAACAGAUAUUAUGAAGGAUCUUCUUGUAUUAGCCAGAGAUGGAAAACGCCCACAAUUACAGAAGAACUGUGCUAUACUUAUAGCAAAACUUGCUCAGGGUGACACCAGGCAUUUGGAAAAAUUACGUGAAUUACAUGGAAUUGAAAUACUACACAGUUGUAUGAACUACAUCAAGACAUCAUAGCAAAUUCGUUUGUUUUAAGUGUUACAUUAUCUUCAAAGUGUAUAUAAGAUAUAAAUGUUAACAUUAGGCCACACCAAUUUAAUUUCUUGUUCUACGGAUUUUUGGACUCCAAAAAUUGGGGCGAGCGAGCGAUUUGAAAAUUUUAAUAAAAAAAUAUUUAAUUUGCAAAUUUUUGAGGCAAAGCUUAAAAAGUAAAGGCGAGCGAUUAUAAUUUUUUUUUGUAAACAUAAAAUAGUAGGUUUUGACUAUAUUAAAACUUGAUUUAUCACUUGUAUCUUGACAUUUCUUUAAUUUAUGAAAUAUUUUUUCCCUGUUCAACAAGAAAUAAUUGAAUAAUUAAAUCUGGUCUAUGUAUGUGUGACUGACAAUGAGACAAUUCUCCAUCCAAGUCAUAAUCAGGUUCAGAACAACCCCUUAAUGUUAUGAAUAUCCCUUUUAUGAGGGUUCAAAAUAUAAAAGUUAUAAUAUAUUUUUGAGUAAAAAAAAAAAAGUACAAAAGGGCUUAUAUUUUCCCAAAGAACUAUAAUAUUUGGUAUUAAAUGGUCAAAAUAUGUCCAAGAAUUUUGUAAUAUUCCUGGACUUUAACCAUGUUAACACAUUUACUUUAACAGUUUAAUAUUAUUCAAAAUAAGUGGACCCAUCCCUCUUUUAGAAAAGUUGUUUAAAAUAUAAUGUAUUUCUCCUCUUUUUGAGUAAAAAAUUCUAAGUUGUCAAAGGUUUUGUAUAGUAGCACUGUGCAAAUCCUUAGUAUUUCUAUUUUUAUUUCUACAACAGACUGAACAGUAAACAUGGUAAAAUGACCGCUUCAAGGCCCUUGUCUGAGGGAGGGUUGGUCCCAACCUGAUAAUAACAAACAUAGGUCAAAGUACGGCCUUUUACACAGUGCUUUGAUCAAGACCAACCAGCAAGCUAUAUCAGACCACAACUUAGUAGGCCUAUUGUACACAAUUCGAACAGGAAAACCAACGAUCUAAAUAAUAUUUCCAAACGGGAAAAUACCAAUGAACCACAUCAACAAACGAUAACUGCUGAACGACAGGUCUCUGAAUCAACCAGGACAGGUGCACAAACCUGCAGCGGGUAUGACGGUCAGCAUACAUAAUAAUUGCAGUUGAAGGCAAAUCCUUCAGAAGUUCUUUAAACUUUAUUUUAACAACGAACAUUUUUUUUUAUAGGGAAUAUAAGUUAGGGGGAAAGAAACCAACGUUUUGUUCUGUACUGGUAUUUCUAUUUAUAUCGGAGCACUCACGCUUGGAAUAAAUUGGUUUCAUGCCGAAACAAAUAUUCUCGCAGAUAUUUACAGUGUUGUGGGGUGCUGAUAGGUUUAAAAUCGUUAUAUACAGGCUAGACUGUGAUUUUAAAAAACAAAUGUUGAGAUUUUCAUAUAAUAUUUACAAAAAAACGAUGCGGGAAAUGGACAUGAUUUCAUUUCCGGAUGCGGGAAGCGGGAAUAUAAUAAAAAUCAAAAAAAUCUGUUUUUAAAAAUAGGUGCGGGCGGGUCCGUCGAACAAGGAAUCAAAUUGGUGUGGCCUUAGUGAUAUUUCUCUUUUAAAAACUGGUUUUAUAAUAUUAUUUCUGUGAAAAUAAAUUUGUUUUUAAGAA